AUGGACAACCUACACAGACAUAGGUUUCUCACAGCCAUCCUGUUAUACCUCACAGGAACAUGCUUGGCACAGAAUGCCGUCUCCCUCCCCAACUGCCCCAUGGAACUUCGGCGCGUCGGUGAAGAUCUUCAGAUCUACAACUCGACACGCACACUUUCCUACACGUUCAAAAGACAAUCAAAACCAUGGUAUAUAACCACUGCUGUAACGGACGUGCGCCUACCAAACGGCGAGUUCGUAGGUGGGAGCAGCUCUGAGCGAGACUCGCGUCUAGAGCUCAGUGUCUUUGUUAGCGUUCCUCGAGGAUACGGUGCAAGUCCAGAUGGAAGAGACAUCCGGUUCUGCUCGCACAUGAUGGCAAGUGUCAAAUUAACCUCCAACAAUCCAGCUGAUGCGGAGUCCUCCUGUAAAGGGGUCAUUAGCGACAAGUGUGUUAAGGAAUAUGAGAAUGCAACUCUACCUGUCCCUGCGCUCGACCAACGUUGCCCGGACUUUUCCUCACUGAGGUCUGGCCUGAGUGCCGAAUGUAGGAAUCAACUAUUUGCCAGCGACAGUUUGGCACGGAACUUUUCCUCGACGCGCUGUUCGCUGGACAAGAUGCCGUAUCUCGACCUUCCAGCUAAUUACACAACUUUCGGCACGGGGGGAUGGGUAGGGCUUAAUGGUGAUGAUGACCGCGAGGAUUUCGAUCGUUAUGAUAUGAGAGUUCAGGAGAGUAUUCCUGUGUUGAUGUCUGUAGCGAAUGGCAAUGAUAGUAGUGAAAGCAAGCUGCUGUGCAUUGCUCCUGAUCAGGUUGUACCAGGCAGUCGAAAACCUGAGUCGAAACUUGGGGAUCAAGAUGAUGGGAAUGCGGCGUCGCGAGUGAGAGGUUUAGGAGCUGUUUUCCUUGGUGUUGGCAUUGUUAUGAUCUUCAGUCUUCUGUGA